AUGUCUACAGAAACUAAUCAAGACCAGGAUCCCAUCCUCUCCUUACAUGCAGAACUUCUCCCCAACAUCCGACACAUCACACUCUACGUCUCUCUUCCCGCAAAUUUACACUCACAGGGAAUCCACCCCGACGUAUCACUCUCGCAGUCCCGUCGAGCCAUCACCGUCUCGCUGCCUCCCCCGUUCGACCACGUGUCAGACACGAUCAAGCUUCCCGCGCGCGUCAGCGAAGCCUCUCGUCGCGCGUUAACGCUCACAUCACAAAGAGACGGCGGUCUCGGGGAGGGAAAAUGCGAGGCCGAUCAGCGGGAGUAUUCGUUUCGAAUGCAGAUCGACGGUGAAAGCGAGUCGUUGCUUUCGAGAGAGGAGCCGUUGGAUGGGUUCGUGCCCUGGACUACGAAUGAUAUGGCGCCUACCACUAAGCUGCGUUGUCGGCAGUGUGAGGCGGUGGUGUUGGAUUCGCCAGGUGAUGAAACUGGUGCGCGGUCUCCUGGGUGGAUUUGGAAAGAUCUUCCGAGUGGGAAUUGGGCAGAAAUGAUGGAUUUCUGGCACUGUCAUAAACCGGACCCGGAGCCUGAGGAUAAGCAAGACGAAGACCCCAAUGCAACGGUGAAGGGGUAUGGGGCUGCGAAUCAAGUGGUCGCGAUACCUGGUACUGUCCUGGUGGAUGUGGCGACGUUUCUGAUAUCGCAAACCGAGUGUAAGGGUUUGAAACAGGUUCAAUCAGAUGACACGGGUAAAACCUCGCUAGAGUUGCAGAGAGAGCUUCACUGUGAGAAUUGCGAUUUUCUGAUCGGCGUGGAAGAUACUGUCUCUCAAGGGUGGCGAUUGUUCAAGACAAGCAUAUCUGCAAGUGCGCCGCCAGAGGAACAAGAUGAAGACGGGAAUUCUGCCUGGCACAGUCACCCUAUAGAAACUGUUGUGGCCGCUCAAUUGUUGGAGCUUAUAGAACGAGAAAGCACUCGACGGUUCGUUGUUCACGGUGGGCAGAAGAACGGCUUGCUCCUCUGGGUCUUCAAUCCCGACCUGUGGUAUUCAAAUUCCGGCCCUGACCACAGUGUCACGGCACAGAGGGCAAUGAAGAUUCUGUUCCAGACCGUUACCGAUGUGGAUGAGAUGUUGCAUCCCGAAAACGGCAAGACUUUGUCGUUGUCUCUCGAUGAGCUUCGCCUACCGCCCUAUGUUUUCUCUGCUGUCUUCAAGUCGUUGGAGGGUAGCAGUGAGGGCUUGCCCGUGUCUGCAAGGAAUUUCCGGGAGUGGCGAGUGGCAGUGAUGCAUCGCUUUGAUCGGUUGAAGGGUUGA